AUGGCUCAGGAGUUCGAUCUCAAUCGACCGGAUUAUCGUGGCGUCUUCCACGUCCCUAUCACAUAUAAAGCUGGCCCUGAAAUCGAAGGGCAAUUUUCCGGGUCUCCCGCAAGGGCGCUUGCGUCGGCACUUGCUGGUCGUGGCGUGAAGUGUAGAUACGGUGACCUCACACAGGUGGUUACAGAGGCGGACGUCAAAGCGACAUUUGCAUCAAUUUCCACGAAAGAGACGCAAUUAUCCGACAAGUAUACACUGUACCAUCCUGCGGACCGCAACAGCCUUGUCUUCGAGGUCAACAUUGCCGUAGUCGCGCGAGCGUAG